AUGUCGAGAGCGAGAGUGUGGUUCAAGAGAUGCUGGGACCACCCGGUGACGCAGUACGUGGUCUCGCAGUGGUUCUUCAUAUGGCUGGCCAUCUUCAUAGUGAUCGCUAGGUUUGCGCCCAAUUUUGCCAGGGACGGUGGGCUCAUUAGGGGCCAGUACAGUAUAGGGUACGGUGCCGUUGCGUGGAUCUUUCUGCAGAGCGGGCUCAGCAUGAAGACGAGCAAGAUCAUGGCGAAUUUCGCCAACUGGAGGGCCCACUUAACGAUUCUCGUGUUGAGUUUCCUCAUUACGUCCUCGAUCGUGUACGGGUUCGCCGUCGCGAUCAAAGUGUCCAACGACAAGAACAUCGACGACUGGGUCCUCAUCGGGCUCAUUAUGACCGCUACGUGCCCGACCACGGUCGCGUCCAACGUGAUCAUGACGGCCAACGCCGGUGGGAACGACCUGCUGUGCGUCUGCGAGGUGUUUAUAGGGAACUUGUUGGGUGGGUUCAUCACUCCGGCACUCGCGCAGAUGUUUAUGAAACAGUACCCGUUCCAGUACGGGAAUCCUGCAAACGGGAACAAUAUGAACGACUUGUACAGAAGGGUCAUGAAACAGGUUGGUUUAUCGGUGUUUGUGCCCCUGUUCGUUGGACAGGUCAUUCAAAAUGUGCUCCCAAGACCAACAAAGUACUACUUGGACUUCCUCAAAAGGUUCCAUUUAAAGAUAGGAUCGUACAUGCUGCUGUUGAUCAUGUUCAGUUCCUUCUCCACUGCGUUCUACCAGAAAUCGUUCACAAGCGUCUCGCACGUCUGCAUCAUAUUCUUGUGCUUCUUCAACUUGGGAGUGUACAUCCUGUUCACGGGGAUAUCGUUCCUACUGGCAAGACCUUGGUUCCUGAUUAAGUUACUGGAUCACGAACCUGAUCGGGAGCAAUCCACAAGACUGUAUUAUUACUCGUACAAAAUCUUCAGACCGUUUUACUACAAUAAAAGAGACGCGAUCUGUAUCAUGUUCUGCGGACCAGCGAAAACAGCAGCACUUGGCGUGUCGCUUAUCACUUCACAGUAUGGGGACAACAAGACAAAUUUGGGUAAAAUUUUGGUCUCACUGGUGCUCUACCAAGCGAUUCAAGUACUCACUGCAAGUUUCUUCGUCCCCGUGUUCCGGAAAUGGGCUAAAGACGAGAUCGAGGCAGAGGAGAGAGCUCAGAGUGAACUCAAAGGGAACAAGGAGCAAGAUCUGGAAAGUGGGAUGGGAUCGCAACGCACUGCGACGUCGAAGGGGAGCACGCCCAGUACAGAGUACGAGGACCACAUUGUCGACGAAAAGAACCGAGAGAUCGAAGAACCAAGACCCGCCUUGACGAGGACCCUCGAGACCGGAAUUUCAUCAGGCCAGUACACUACUGGAAUAUAG